UCCUUGCAUUGAAAAGUCUAUGAAUGUAUAAUGUUUGUUUUGGUUUAGUUUUGAAUUUGUUGAAUGAAGAAUAUAUGCCUACCUACGUAGAAAAGGGAUUACAUUUCAAUUCAGGUUAUCGUAUCAUCACUUAUGAACACCAAAACCUGUUUGAUAUUAAUUAAUGAUGCUGAACAGAAAUUAAAAAAAUAUGUAGCACACAAAACAUCUAUGAAUAUGGUGCAAGCAAAACUAAAAUAUUUGAUAAUAACAACAAUUGCCAUCAGUGCAGUUUCAGUUCUGUAUCUUUACAGUUCGACACAGGAGGAAGUUUACAUAAAAAUAAUCGACAAUGUUGAAUAUCAAAAGAAAGAGCAGGCCCAACAUUCUCAAAGCGAAAAGUUAUUCGAUAUAGAUAACUUCCACUACAUUCAACACAACUCGAAUACUUGCAAAGGCGACACCAGCAUAAAAGCGAUAUUUCUGGUCACUUCAUACUUUGGAAACGUGGAAACUAGAAGUGCCAUGCGCAGAGCCUUUUCCUCAGAAGAUCUGAAACACCUGAACUUCCGUAGGGUGUUUUUGCUGGGUAGAGCCCCCUCCGAUAAAUAUACUAGUCAGAAAUCUGUUGCAGAUGAAGGUCAACGUUUUGGAGACUUGAUCCAAGGAAACUUUAUCGAAGCUUACAAAAACUUGACCUACAAACAUGUAAUGGGUUUGAAAUGGGCUUCAAAGUUCUGUUCUAGUGCCAAGUAUAUCGUGAAAAUGGAUGACGAUAUCGUUGUAAAUAUCGAGAAAGUUACUGAAAUUCUAGAUUCCUUGAAAAUGCCCAGCAGAAAAAAUGUUAUUGCCGGUUAUAUUUUGAGGAAUAUGCAACCGAUUCGUGAACCUGCGAAUAAGUGGUAUGUCACUGCAGAAGAGUAUAAUUCUUCCAGCUAUCCCCCAUUUGUGUCCGGAUGGUUUUACGUGACAACACCUGAAACGGCAGCAAACCUAGUCAAACUUUCCAAAACUAACAAGUAUUUCUGGAUCGAUGAUACCUACGUUACGGGUAUUUUGGCCAAUCAGCUCAAAAUAAGGCACUUCGAUAUUGGGAAAUACUUCGCAGUCCAUUCCGAGUAUAUGGAGUGCUGCCUAGACGACAUAAGAAUAAGGAACUUGAAGUGCGAUUAUCUGAUAGGCCCCAAUGGUGGCAACAAUAAUUUAUUUUAUGAGUUCAAUAAUGCUGUCAGCAUUUGCAACUUGAAUUUGUGCAAGGAUAGGAUGAGGCCCUUGAACGAGACUUGUGUGUCUAAGAAGGUGCAUAGUUUGGGUAAAGGGAAAGCAUCUAUACGAAAUUAUAAAUUGCAUUGAAUGGGAUGUAGUUGGGGAAAUACUAAUCACCGUACUGAUGAAUGAGGCCUUACUAAACAGUGCUUUGUUCAACAAAAGCAGAGCUAACAAACUUAUAACAUUGAAUCUCGACAAUGAAUUUAACGAUAUAGUAUUGAAAAAUGUGUAUUAUCUUGAAUAUAUAUUUUGUUAUGUUGUUAAUAUUAUACUUGAAUAAAUAUUUUUAC